AAAGACAUUUUUUGACAAUUUUAAGAGACAUAGGAAUGAGCUGGACGACUGGGAAGCGAUAACUUCCAAUGUUGUUCCGCGGAGGGAUAUACUGCUACAAAGGAAAAUCUAGGUCAAGUGCGCGGUGCGGGUUUGAAUCUUGCACGCCAUACAUUUAGCUGGACGGAAGAUACGGCCUGAACCGACUGUCCGCCGGGCCAUGCGAUCCUAGGAAGGACGAUCAAAACCUCCACCUGUGACCUCAACUACCUCAAGACAAUAGUCACCGAUGGACAUGGACAGAAGUCCCGGCCUUGGCGCUGGGGGCGUGCCGGGAGGAGGCUCCGCAUCGUCCCCGGCCUUCCCCGGGUCCCUUCUCCUCGGUCAGGCCAGCCCGCUGGCCGUGACAACCGCUGCCGGUGUUUCACCCGUUUCACCAAAUGGCUACAGAGAUUUGAAGAAUGAGGGGAGGAUGAGCAUGGCAGGCAGAGACAGCAUGUCGGUGACGCCCCGCUCCGCUGUGGACAGCUACAGCUCCAAACAGGACAGUAGAAACAGCCUGAGCCUGCGAGACAGCCUGGGCGGGCUGCCCCUCACCCCGCACUCCUCCAACAGUACAUUUGACCUCUCAGGGACACCUUUGUCUGCCAGCAAUGCCUUCAGCAUGUACAGCCAAGAGAAUCCACCGCAAUUGGAGGUUGGAGGACAAAUCUGCAACUUGGGAAAACUCAUUCCAACAGUCCCUGUUAUGGACGGGAACUCAUGGAACCUUCCAGUGACGCCGGACAUGGGGGAAGGAAAACCAGGGGACAAGACAUGUCUCAUCUGCGGGGACCGUGCCACGGGUCUACACUACGGCAUCGUCUCCUGCGAGGGCUGCAAAGGCUUCUUCAAACGCAGCAUCUGCAACAAACGUGUCUACCGCUGCAGUAGGAACAAGAAUUGUGUCAUGUCACGCAAGCAGCGCAACCGCUGCCAGUACUGCCGGCUGCUCAAGUGCCUACAGAUGGGCAUGAACAGAAAAGCCAUUAGGGAAGAUGGGAUGCCCGGAGGAAGGAACAAAAGCAUCGGACCUGUGGAGAUAUCAGAGGAAGAGAUAGAAAGGAUCAUGUCAGGCAAGGAGUUUGAAGAAGAAGAGCAACAAGAAGCAAGCUCGACCACAAAUGCAGAUGGCUCACUAUCAUUCUCCACCCAGGCGAAUGGCAUGGGCGGCAUACAAGGUCUAAACGGGGUGGGGGGGCUGGACCUCUCCUCCCUUAACUACGGUUCCCUCAGCCAGGGAGUUUUGGCAGACAAAUCUCAGGGCAGUAAUACAUAUAUGCCAGGGCUCCCUAGCUAUGGGAACGCGCACAGCAUGGCAAUCCCCACCAGCAUGGGACACUUGGACCCGCAGUCGGCCACGCUACUGGACCAACUCCUCCGCGCCGAGGACUUUGACCCCCUGCACACCCACAUCAUGGUGGAGGACGAUUACGAGGUCUCCAAGCACGAGCUGUUCUGCCUGCUGUGCAAGAUUGCCGACGAGAUGCUGUUCAGGCAGAUCACCUGGAUCAAAAAGCUGCCAUUCCUGUCUGAGAUCUCCAUAUCUGACCUGUCCACACUGCUGACUAACACAUGGCACGAGAUAUCCUUCCUGUCUGCCCUGUGUGUUCACAAGCCCCAGCUGUUCGGAGAGUUCGGCAGCAUCAUCCUCAAGUACCAGCCAACCAAUGAGGAGCUGGAACAGUUCUCGGACGACGGGAUGGAAAUCGUGGAGCGGACCAUGUACCUCUCAGGGAAACUUCACCAGAUGAAAAUCACCAAAGAAGAGUUUGUCUGUAUGAAGGUCAUCAAUUUCUUGAACCAAGAUGUGAAGAACCUCAGAGAUGCGGAGUUGAUAGAGAGCGUGAACAAGCGGUUCUGGUACGCCUGCCAAGACUACAUCGAGGCGCAGUACCCGCACCAGCCCACCCGUUUCCGCGAGCUGAUGAUGUGCCUGCCCGAGAUCCGCUACGUCACCAGCAAGAUCCUGGACAUCCCCAUUGAGCACCUCCCCCUCCUCUUCAAGGCAAUCAUGCACAGCUGCAAAGUCAACUCUGGACACCCCUCCAUAUGUGUGUCGGCAUGACACGUCCGCCCUACAACACACACCCACGAUCUUCAACACUUUCCAACCCACAUGACCAACCUCUCUUGUACCAGAAGGGAGGGAGAGCUUGGUCAUUGGUCAGUUUGAAAUCUGGGCAGUUGGCAGGAGAAGGACAUAAUGUAGUAAUCACCACUGUGACAGCACUGGUCGUCGACGACAACUGGACGGUUGCCAUGACAUUUAGAAGUUGCCAUGACUGCUGCUUGUGCUUCUGGCAGUUGCUAAGGUGGGGCCAAUAUUUGGGGGUGUUGCCAUAGUGACGGUAGUAAUUUAUUUUGCCAUGAAACGAAAUCUGUAGUCUCACGAGUGCCAGUAUAGAAAGGUUGUAGCGUGCCCACCAGUGCUGUCACAGUCUUGUUGACUUGUUUAUUGCCAUGGCAUCACUGCUGCUGACUGGCGGGGGAAGGGGCCAAUCAGAGUGCUCCGCACUCGUUCCUGUGGCAGUGUUGGGGGGGAUUCUAUCGUGGCAUAUAGAGGGAGAGAAAAAUCGCUGGGACUCGCCUUGCCAUGCUCCUUUUCACACUAUUUUUAUAGCGGGUGUAAUGUAUUUUUCUGAGGCUGCUAUGGAAGUCAGAAGAGAAGUUGUGGCCAGGCGAGCCCUGGUUGUUCUUUACUUUGCAAUCAUGAAACCGGAGAGAUGCUAUCAGCCAGGUUAAGUUGCUUGUACCAAAAAUGAACUCGAGGCAUGGCUGAGCAGUCAGUCAAGCAGAGACCAAUAGUUUAGAGACCCUGCCAAGACCUAGAAUGUAUGGGAAAAUAAGCUGGAGCUGUUGAAUAGAGCAGUCCCAAUUGUUUUGCCUCUGGUUCGAGAAUGGAAGCAUUGAUUGCUUGGCAUGGGAAGGAGGGAGAAUCAGGUUUGAUAGAUGCCUUUGCUUUAGUCAGCCCUGAGUUAAUGCCAUUACUGAAGAGAGAAUUGUGUGGGCCAGUGUUGGGCAGGCAGUGUGAAUAUGUAUUGUACCAAAGUCCCUACCCAGCACUGGUCUAUACUCUGUGUCUCGAGCUUUAUGGAGAGUAGAAGACUUGUGUUAAGUCCAUCUUGCCCGCAUAGCCUGUGGUGUAAGAGUGUAAUCAUCAGUGAUAAGAGAUUUGAUCAUGAAGAUAUAUUCAGAGAGUUUACUAUGGGUGAUACUGUGUUUAAAAAAAGAAGUGAAAAUGUUUCUCAGGUAAAAUUGCAAGUGCUGGAAAUACAUUGUAAAUAGUGAGUCUAUUCUAUAGCACUUGGGAACUAUGUACUGUAUGAUACCAGAGGCAUUAUUAGUCAGAAUUUUUGUGUUAUUGGCACCAUGAUAACAGCUUUGUCCUUUCUAACGAUCUCGGUAAUCAGGGUUUAGGACCGGUGGUUAGACUCAUGAUCCACUGAACUUUCAGGGUUUCAGGUGUUUCAUUCUCUCAGGUUUCUUUAAUUUGUAGCGGAAUCUUUGUUGUAAUGAAGGUCGGUUUGUGUAAUAAUCUGUAGACCUCAUGGUGAUCUAGCUUGUGUUUGAUUCAUUUCAUAAUUCUCAGGAAAACUCAUGUUUUGAUGCUAGUCUUUGGUAGUAGUCUUUUUUUCCUGUACUUAUUCCUAUUGCUGUUUUUUUCUUCUUCAAUUAUUAUGGAGGUAGACUUGUGGGUGAUAUUUGAUAAGGAGGUUGAUUGGGUUAAGUCAUUGCAGGUGCCGCCACUGUGAUAUUUGUGCUGCUGUUUAUACCAAAGCUUUAGUAAGGUUUCUCCUGGAAAGGAAAGACAUUUCAUGCAUGUACGGGACAAAAGGGGCAAGUCCUCAGGUUUUAAGACUUUAUGCUUUUGUGAAAUUUGAUUGGGAAGUGAACUUGCAUUUGCAACCGCAGUCUCUGGGUAUGCCCAAUUGCUUCUGGCAGUGGUGAAUGGCGGUAUGGCACAAUUGUAAAACUACUCAAGAGAGGAUUGUCCUACAAUCAAAUGUCCCUGGCAGACGGAAAUGUCAUAAUGAUCAGUGACGGUUAGUGUAGGGAAAAUGGAAAACCAAAGUCUUACUAAGUUGCAGUGGUUGGCACCUGGGUGUCUUCCCUUUGCAGUGGCUAUGUGAAGUUGAGCUAUUGUACCCAGGCAUUAGGACCUCAUGAUUGUGCUUUCAAAGUGGAGUAGCCUUUUUGAGCCUGCUUUUGUUGAAACAUUUUAUGUGUCGUAAAAAAUUGUAUCAGUCAGCAAUUUAGGCUUAUUAUAUCUUGCCAUAAUCAUGAGGUUCAUGUGUCUGUUUAUGUGAAGGUAUUAUAUAAGAAUUGAAUGUUGACAGAUGGCAUGUAGUGGGUGGCAAAUAAGGUGCAGAAUGUAAACAAUAACAACAACAAUAAUCCAGUGAGGUGUAUCAGACCAAUCACCUCGCAGAUUGAAAACUUUGUAUGCAAAUCUUCUGGUGUGGCACAAAAUUUGUAUCUUUGCAAAGGUGUGCAAUUCACUCAGCCUGAGUUGUGAGCUCAAUUAUUAGGGACAACAAACUGUAAAGCACUGUCUAUCAUGCAGUGACAACUAAUUU